CACACACAGAUGCUGCUGCUGGGUCAGAGUUCCAUGCAGUCUAUUAAUAAUAACAGAGUCAGAGCUGCUAGGACGAGGAGGAGAAGCAGCGUGGGGAGGAAAUCCACACCAACAGCCUUUCAUUCUGCUGCUGGCAUGAACAUUUCGCCUCUUUAAGAAAAAAUACUCGUCUUUUUCGACCGCACAUAUUAUAGAUAUAUAUGUUAAUAUUUCCUGACGCCAUUGUCCGCUGCUGACACACUGGCUCUACUUUAUUACGCUGGUCCGUCUGCACACACUCCUGCUGCUGCUGCUGUUUGUUGUUGUUGUUGUUGGUAAACACGGAUCGGAUCCCGGCGGUGAAGACUUCCUCUGGUGCAUUGAUGCACCCGUUUCAGUGGUGUAACGGGUGCUUAUGUGGUCUGGGACUGGUUUAUGCCAACAAAUCGUGCACCAUGCCGCCCAUCACUUUCCAGGACCUUCCUCUGAACAUCUACAUGGUCAUCUUUGGGACGGGCAUCUUUGUCUUCAUCCUGAGUCUCAUCUUCUGCUGUUACUUCAUCAGCAAACUACGACAUCAAGCCCAGAGUGAGCGGUUUGGAUACAGAGAGGUAGUUUUAAAAGGAGAUCCAAAAAAGUUGAAUCUUCAUGGGCAGACAUGUGCCGUGUGUUUGGAGGACUUCAAAGUGAAAGAUGAGCUGGGAGUGUUGCCAUGCCAACAUGCUUUCCACAGGAGGUGUCUGGUAAAGUGGUUGGAGGUUCGCUGCGUCUGUCCAAUGUGUAACAAACCCAUAGCCGGUCCUCCCGAGCAGCACCACAGCAUAGGGACACUGCUGGAUGAACUGGUGUAACAAUCUCCACACACGCUGGCCAGGGCGGGACAAAGGAGUUCCAAGCCCAACCAGCUUAAGGAAUUCAUGAGCGACCAAAGGGGAGGGGGAAAUUGUUUUGCGGUUUAAAAAAAAACAACACAGCGAAACACCAACAUGGUGAUAUUCUGGGUAACCUAGUUACCAUCCAUGGGAAGACUGAAGGAUGCUGUUGCAUAGCAACCAUCUCCGAGAUGGCAGCACGGCACCUUGUGGCGUCUGAGAGAUUAUCUCCAGCCACCCACACAUCACUCCAUCACUUUCCUUCCAACGUCCCCCUCUCUCGUCCCAAUCCUUCACAUCUUCUCCUGCGGCCUGGAUCGAGGUUAAUGGUACCAGUGAACUGGAGGAGACACAGUUCCAUGUUUUCACAGCGAUGUGGACAAAUCAGUGUUAAAGGAUGAACGCGUGAUGUGAGACUGAUAUAAUGAUAUAAUACGAUGCCAGUAUUGUCUGUAUUCAUUGAAAUAAAGUUCAGUCGUGUGUGGACGGAAGUCAUACUAAAAUAAAAACACCUAAUUCUUUAUAAAAAAAAAAAAUAACAAUGAUUUAAUCAAGGGGCCAGGGGAGAAUAAAUAAUACUGUGAGGCUAGAGACAGUUAAACUGCUUCUAAUUAAAUUAAAUGUGCUUUUCUUCAAAAAACCAAACACUAAAUAAUGGUGGAAAAAGGUGGAUUUACACCUAACCAUACCUAAAUUAUUCAUAUUCCCGUGAAGAACCAGCUCAAGCUGUAGCAAAUGAAUCCAUUUUUCUGUCACAAUGCAGCGGAUACUGAGCGUAAAAUCCACGUGGGUGUCCACCUCUGCAGUAAUACCAUCUAUUUUCUCCACACUGUACAUGCUUCAUUUGCUUUAUUGGGUUUUUGUUUCGUUCUUCAAUGCAGUGUUUUAUGGUUCCGUCAUGUUUUAUUGUGUUCAUAUAAAUGGAGGGAACUGACUCAUUGCAUGUUGGUUUUCUUUAGUAGUUUUCUUUUAUUUAUUUUUUUUAAUUGCACUACUUUGAGUCCACUAAAAAAAGUUCCUUUGUUUCCGUCCACCUGAAAUAUUUUUGACUGCAGCUUGAAGGCACACAAUUGUUUUUUUCGGGUGUGGUGAAUAUUUCAUAAAAAAGCAAAAGAGAUGUUGAAAAGCUAAGGAGAAGCAGAUGUACGGACCCUCAGUGCACUGCUGUGAAUUCAUCCCCUCUGGGAAUCAUCUAAAUCUCACAAUUUUUGAGGCAUUUUUUUUAUGGUGACUCCGGUUUACAUGCCUUGUUUGUAGUUUUUGCUAUUUACAGUGAUUCAGAAAGCAAGACACUGCCGAAAUUGAGCACAAAAUACACAGCGCACACUGUCCACUUGACACUUGCACUGUAAUUAAAGGACAUACACACACACACACACACACACACACACACACACAGCAAUUUGUUAAAUUCACAUUCGUGUGCCAACAAAAAAAAAUCCUGUUUUUUGAAAAUGCUCACUCUGAUCGUGACCACAUUCCACAUUUUUGUAAUCUAACAGAUGUAAAUAACUUGGAACAAUAAUAAAUACGGUUGUCUGUUUUGUGCAGCAUCACUUUGUUUCUUAAAUUUCUACUCAUGUAUGUGGCGCCACCCACAGGUGAACAAAUGUGAAUAAAAUAUAGAAAGUA